GACAACUCUAGUGUACAGUCUGAUAUCGUGUCCAUGAUAGAGCCGGGAACAGGGAGCCUGCAGCCAUCAGCAAGGGGUGAUACUCCAACCAUUACCACAUCUGGUAAUACAAUAAGUUCCACCCAGAAUGGACUUAUCUCCCCACAUUUAAUGAAUCAUGGGAUGCAGCUGAUGAAUAAUGACCUAUCCUCGUUUUAUGCAAGAGAUUCCAGUUGGGACAUUUGCAGCUCCAAUGGCCUUCAGGCCACCCAGUCUGGGAAUUCUCCAGAGAAAGUUGUCCAUCCAGAGAAGAACCAGAGUGAUAUCACAAGCAUCAUUGCACAUCUUCGUAGCCUGGCUACAGAGACCUCACAAAACUGUGUGAUGUCUGAUGUUGACUGUUCAGAUAGGUCAAAUGUGGUGAACUCUGAAAGCCCUGAAAAUAAAAGCACUAAUGGUUAUAACAGAGAUAACAAUCCAGCUGAUGUUAUAGGUGCCUGCAAUAAGACUCUGGUUGACUUCCAAGAACAAUUGUCAGGUGAAAUAAUUGAUGGGCAAUAUUCUUUUUCAAGUGAACCAAUCACAUUUAAGGUAAAGUCCAGCUCAAAAUCCUAUAUUUGUUCAGAUUGUGGAAAGAGCUGUCCUUGUCGAUCAGCUUAUAUCAGACACCAGAGAAUUCACACAGGAGAGAAACCCUAUUCAUGCUCAGAAUGUGGUAAAAGCUUUAUCCAGAGCUCCGAUUAUAACAACCAUGUACGAUCCCACACUGGGGAGAAGCCAUAUUCUUGUGGGGUGUGUGGAAAGAGUUUUAGCCGGAGCACCUACCUUGUGACCCACUCUAGAAUCCACACUCAGGAGAAGCCCUACAUGUGUAAUGUGUGUGGAAAAAGUUUCAUCCAACAUUCACACCUGGCAUUACAUCUUAGGAUCCACAGUGGAGAGAAGCCAUAUAUCUGCAUUGAAUGUGGGAACAGUUUCAGUCGCAGUUCCACACUUGUGAAACAUAAGAAGUCUCACAGAAGAAAAACUCUCCACAUGUGCAAGAAAAAGAAUGAGGAAGAACCUCACUGCAACUUUACACAGAACAACCCUCCUACGUGGGGAUCAUCUUCCAGUGGAAAUGAGAUGCACAAAUUCCUCUUACCUUCCCAGCCACCAGACAUUAAAUCAGAAAACAAUGAUACAUUGCAGGUUUACCAGAGGCAUGGAGGCCAUCUUAAAAGAUACAAAUGUGGGAAGAAAAUCAUGCACAAACCAAUUCGUAUUAUUCUUAAAAAAUAUCACAUAUAUGAAAAGGACUCAGAGGAACAAGCAGGGGCGUUUCCUCGCCGGAAGAAAUGUUUAUGGAAAAGAAAAUCACAAUUUACUGAGAAUGAUAUUGGAGAUUCCCCUCUGAUUUAUGGCACAGAUCUGCCCAGCAAUGAACCUGAUAAAGCAACAAGUCCAGAAAGUGAAAGAGAAUCAAGUCCAGAAGAGGAUAAAGGGGAAAACAGGGGAUCGAGUCCAAAGAGGGAUAGGGACAGAAUGUCAAGUCCUGGGAAGCACAGGGACAAGGGGUCAAGUCCUGAGAAACACAGGUGUAGGGUAUCAAGUCCUGAGAUGGAUAGCGACUUAAUAUCAAGUCCUGGGAAGCACAGGGGUGGGGGGUCAAGUCCUGAGAAGGUCAAAGAAACUGUUCCAUUAAAGAUUAAACUAUCUAGUAGAGUGAGGGAUGAAGGGUGUCCAAAGAAAGACUCUCUUUAUUCAUGUACCAAGAAUGAGGACGCUAAUAAUCGCAGGCAGGAACACAAAGAACCUAUUGAUCUUCAGAUGCAGGUAUCAGACAGGGAGAUAUUGCGGGAAGUUGACACCCACCCACCAUGCUCUUACACUGAUAUGAACAGCUCACAGUUCGGGUACAUCAGUAAUAAUGCAUUUAUUGACUCCAAUAGCACAGGCAACUUUAAUGGCGAUAAAGUACUGGACUCUGUACAGAAACCAUGCAAGGCUUCAGCUUAUAUUUGUAGUUACUGCGGAAAAAGCUGUCCUUGCAAAUCUGCCUUCCUCAGGCACCAGAGAAUCCACACUGGGGAGAAGCCGUAUUCCUGCUCUGUGUGUGGGAAAAGCUUCAUCCAAAGUUCGGAUUAUAACAACCAUCUGAGAUCUCACACAGGGGAGAAACCAUAUGCCUGUGCAGAGUGUGGGAAGAGUUUCAGCCGCAGCACUUACCUUGUAACUCACUCUAGAACCCACACAAAAGAGAAGCCUUACACUUGCAUAGAAUGUGGGAAGAGCUUUGUUCAGCACUCGCAUCUUGCCUUACACCUGCGCAUCCACAGUGGCGAAAAGCCAUACACUUGUGCAGAGUGUGGGAAACGGUUCAGCCGUAGCUCUACACUCGUCAAACACCAGAAAUCACACAGCAGAAAGAACAUUACAGCAGACUGGGAAAGGAGGAGGGAUGGUACAUUGUCUACAUCCAGUAAUCUUACUUCUGAAACGAAGUAGCCAUUACAAAGUCCAUACUGUAUCUGUACAUUCACAUGACCUUUAUUGUACAUACAAAUCUUAAGGCUUAAAGCGAUAGGCCAAAACUUAAAUGUA